ACACGAAGAAGAAAAUAUAAACGCCCCUCUUAAUGUGGGUUUUGUUUUGAUGAAACAGCGAGAGAUCGUGAGUUUAAUACAAUUUAACUAUAUCGCAUCAAAGCCAUCUUUGUUUCCAUUAAAAGCUUCGGUUCGUGUUAACAGGCCACUGAUGAAUGAUAAACGGCUCUGUGCUUUGAUCGAGACUCCAUAAGACGCUUCCAUAAAUACAUUAACAUCAUUCAUCCGCACUUGAUAUUACUUCUUCAUCCAGGGUUUUGCAGAGGAGAUUACAUUUUUUGGUCCUCAUAACCAUGACAACGAAGCGCCGCCUGAUCACAGACUCCUUCAUGGUGGUCAAGAAACGACGACAUGUCAAGAGGGAAAAGAGACCCCCGUCCCCACCACAGAAUGAGACUGAGACCAUAACAGAGCAAGAAUUGGAGCUGCAGGAACUGAAGCAGUUUGAUCUGGACUGGAAGUAUGGGCCAUGUACAGGUAUCAGCAGGCUCCAGAGAUGGGAGCGGGCGCAGGUCCACGGGCUGAACCCCCCCCAGGAGAUCAGGGAGCUACUGCUGCGUACAAACAACGAUCUCCAGUUCACCCGGAGCUUAUGGAGUGACUAUCCCUUGUGAGAGAUGGAAGAAGAACAAGAAGAAUGGCCAUAGUUGAUUUAAAUCUGUGAAUUUUAAUAUUUGUUCAUUGGUUUUGUUUCAUAACACUGUUACUGUUCUUCCACCUGCCUUGACUUUAAACCAACAGACUGUUUAGACCUGCUUCAACUCUGGUGGUGGUGACAUAAUGACAACAAAUAAAUAACAAACACUAUAAUGCCA